UGGUGGCUGAGGAUGAUCAGGACUUGCCGUCGGAGGAGACUCCGUUGUUGAGGGAUCAGUGAGAUCUUCUUUGGUAUGGUUGGAUUAUGGCUUUUGGAAAGUCUGGUAUGUGGUCGAGUGGUUUGGAGAUGCAAAAGCGCAAAACUGUACUUCUUGUCCCGUUCUAUUCAAGAUGCCAUGUAUAUCCUACCUAUAUACCUUGCUUGGAUAGACUAUACUUCUUGGCUGCAAUGUAUCAAUCGCUGCUGGCGCAGCUGUAUGUCAUUGACUGCUCAUUACUAAGUUCUAGGCUCGAACAUGGAACAGUAUGCCAUCUAUAUCCCACGGUGAAAAGAAAUAAAUAGAUAGUAUGCGUGUAUCAGUGAACAGGAAGAGAAUAGUAGAAACGUUCACAAUGAAGGAAGGGGAAUAGAUUGAAACACAGC